AUGCAGCCGCUGCCCUUCGUGGCGACUCUGAAGACUCCGGUCAUCGUUUCUGGUAGAGGAGCCAGGCUGUCCUCGCUGCCAGUCAUUUGGUUCACAAUCCACAACGCUAGGUUGCAGAGGUCACGUACCUUGUACAGCCUAAAUUCGCUCGCUAUGGCCGAGGCCUUCAAAGCCCGCUUUGACGCAGCUUUAGAGGAGCUCAACUUCGGCCAACGCUGCCACAAGUUGGCUCAGCUCGGAAAGGACAUCAAAGCCGCGCAGCCUGCAAACAUCCAGGCAAUUCUCGACAGCCUCUUGCCUGAGCGUGCCGCCGAUGAGACGGGUCCUUCCGAGGCAUUUGCAGAAAAGGCUCGGCUGAUCGUCGCCAAAACGGCGGGCUGCGCAGGCUACGCCAAGAAGCUCCUCGACUCGCCCUCCAAGACCGUCAGCUUCUCAGCGGCCACUGAAGGACUGCUCAAGCCGGAGGAUGCCCGGGCUUCGUUCCUGUCCAGCGACACCAGCCGGAAGAUGAAGAAGUUCCUACUGAAGUGCGACCAGCUGAAGUCGGACAAAGAAGUCCUUGAGCACGCUUUCGAGCUUUUUGGUGCCAAGGACCAGGAGAUGUUUUGGCCACUGCUGGCACGGGCGGACACCGAGGAGCUCCUGGAAGAAUACCUGGAAGACGACAAGCCCAUGCAUGACUGGCUUUCCGGGAGGAAUCAGGACAAGAUACCGGGACUGCCACAGCUAGCUCGGCGCUUCCCUGCCUUCAUGGUCAAGAUGGUGACCAGUGGGGUGCUGAAGUGGAGAUGGUACUGGGUCAAGGAGAUCCUGGAAAAGGAUCCGAUGAUGGUGCUGCGUGCCGUCAUCGUCGAUGGGCAGGAACAGGGUUCCGGACCCAAGAAAGGCUAUGUCCCGAUGGGCAAGAACCAGGGCUUCUAUUCCACGUUGGCCCACUGGGGUUGGCGUCGGCAGCCGGACAUGAUGCUGAGCCUUGUAGCGGAGUUGACUGCUCCCGGUGGCAGCAAGAAUGCCAAGGGCGGCACUUUCCGCAGCAAGGGCCGCGGGAAGGGCAUGGUCCUCAUGUCAGGCAAAGGCUCCCAAAGUGACCUGGGACUCCCCGGCCGCGAGCAAGUGCAGCGACUGGCGAACGAGCUGAUGAGCGUCACCUCCACGCGGAACGCUUUGACGACGAACAAAAAGAUCGCGAUGCUCCUGAAGAUCUGGGAUACUCUUCCGGGCACCCACAAAGUAGCACGGAUGGCGCAGAUGUUCGCGGAGCUUCUGCCCAGCUUUGCCUCCGAUGAGCACCGGCAAGGAGAGAUCUCGAACCUGAUUGCAGCCUUCUGGAAGAUGCUUCAGGACGUGGGCCGAUCGGACCGUCAAGAUCUUCUGGUCGGACCGCUUGUGGCUUCCGGGCCACAGGGAGAAAAACGACCUACUGGCAUCACGGAGUUCUUUAAGCUCUUCGUGAGGCGUCUGCCACCGCCUCUCGCAGUGACGCAGCUCUUCAAGAUCCUGGAGGAGUUCGAGGCUGGCACCCCGGCCUAUAAGUUCGUGCAGAGUGACAUCUGCAAGUCCAGCAAUGGCAGACAUGAUGACCUCAUGAAGAGCGUCUUCAAGAAAUACUUGCUGAAGGAAGACGAGGGCCCAGUGAAGGCGGCGGAGAUGUUCCAGGUCCUGCUGAAGGAUGCCCGAUCCCGAGACAUCAUCCAGACCUCGUACGACACCCUCUUGGAGCACCUGGAAGACCACUCGGAGUUGGGCCUAUUGCAAAGUGUGGUCCAGCGGAUGGGCAGUCUGGAAAAGCAGUCCCGCACGAAGGGCACCCGAGAAAUCACGCCGGAGGCCACCUUAUCCGUGCCGACGGAAUGGCUGAAGAUGGUGGAGUUGAAGGAGACCGCCCCGCCUCACUCGAGAUUCCUGCUUCUGGUUCUCCACACUGGCAUUGGCGAAAAGGAUUUGCUCGGGUCCAUGACCGUGAAGUAUGGCAACGCCUUCUUUUGGGACACCUUUGAUCACAUCCUCUCUGUCGCUCAGGGGAAGCUGAUCGAGAAGGCCACACCAAAGCCAGAUCUCUUCGUGCUCAAAGAUGUCAAUGUCCAGGUGAUUGAGGAUGCGGAGAAGAAGCUUCCCGGCAAGUCUGGCCGCAAAUCGUCCAAGGGAUCAACUGGAGUCGGAAACGUCAUCUUCGGAAUUGACGGCAGCAAGUGGGGUACCGUUGUGGGGGAUGAGGGCCGUGCGUGGAAGCUAGACAGCGGCCGAAUCGCCAAGAAAGAGACAGAAGGCGACAAGUGGACCUGGGCCGGCGGUGCUACGACAAAAGGAGCACAAGGUGCAGACAAAUAUUUCUCCAGCGUCGCAGACAUGAAGAAGAAGGCCAACGUGAAAGACAUAAGCUACUCCGACUUACUGACACUGGCUGGUAAGGACCGCUCUUGCUUGGUAGAGCGCGAUGCUGGCAAAGCCUUUGACGACUUGUUACCCUUCCUGCUCUCUCGGUUCAAUGCCGAGCAAGAGCAAGGCAGACAGCACAUUCUCAACGAGCUGCUGGUCAACAAGAAGUUUCCGGACGACUUGUGGGAGGAAAGACUUGAGCAUCUUCGGAGCUUCUGGAAGGUCAGCAGCAAAGCGCGUGAGAGCGCGAGCUACCAAUGCAGCUGGAACAAAUGCGGAAGGCAUCUGGUACAGAAAGCAUUGGGGAAUUGGGGCAAGCCGGAAAAAGAGGGCGAACUUGCACCAGAGUAUCCAACUGAAGCCUGCCUCUUCGGCUUGGAGGUGACGGCCGAUAUCAAUCUCCCGGACCUCCUCGUGAAUUCCCAUUUCAAGAUUGAGACGCUGAAGGAUCUGGAAGCCGCAACGCGCUGGGUCUUAGAGACCGCCGUGCCUCUCCAGGGAGAGUCCACCUCCCCGCUGCAGGAUUUCUGGGAGGCUUUGAAGACCAUGAGCACCAUCAAGUUCUGCGGAGAAGAUCCGGAUGCCAUCACAUCUUGGAGCGUUUCUACGAGUGUGAACCAUCUGAAGGUUCACAAGGAGAAGUCCUCGAGCUCUGCCGAGCUUGGCCAGAAGGAGUCAGGCACGGUCGUCCGCGGAGUGCAGCGCGGCAACUGGCUGGAGCUGGUGGACAACCAAGGCUUCAUGCUGAUCAUUUCCGAAAAGACUGGUUUGCCUGUCAUGCAGCAGGACUCCGGCAACACCGGCGAGAAGGGACUCUGGGAAACGUACCCCUUUAUCGGCGAGUGGUGGAAGAAGCUACUGGCCCAAGGCGUGAAGCAGAAGGGCAUCGAUUUCGUUUUCGUUGGCGUUCUGAAGCUCCUUUCCGAACGUCAGCAUCGCUUCAUCACCGGCGAUCGGAAGCUGUCAAAGAGAUGGUGGGCACCCCUCGAGUGCAAAGAAUACAAGGAUGCCGUCACCAACAUCCUGGCUAGCAUCGAGUCGGGUGUGAUUCCGGCCAAGGAGGGGUCCGAGAUGAUCUGCAGGCGCAUCGCCGCCUUGAAGGACAAGGCUGUCAUGACCGACACAGACUGGAAGAUUCUUGGCACCACCCGCCGCGAGCGCAUGGAGGACAAGAAGAGCAUUGCGAACUGUGUGGGAAAGCCAUUGAACGAGCUGGAAUUCCGCAACCUUCCCGCUUCCAGUUGGGCUUUGAAUGCUUCCUGGGACAUCCAGAAGCACCACGUCUACAAGCCACUACCAUGGCAAACCUUCCGAUGCAAAGAUUCGAUUGCAACGGCUGAGCUCACCACGCUGGAGAAGCUGUUGGAAGCUUCGAGCAGGCGUCAGGUCUUGUGGAUGAUCGUCCAGAUUGCAGCCAUGCUCUCGGGACCCCAGAUGACCAAAGUGCUGGAGGCAAGCAUCGCCACGCUCGGCGCCCGAUUUGAGGGAAUGGCGCGCACGGUUGGCAGACACUACCCGUACUUCAACUCUGCGUUGACGAAGAACGAGGUGCUGGACGGAAGCAGCGACGUUCUCACACCUCUUCUUGAGCUGCUGUUGUUGGAUGACAAAACUCGCGAUGGCUUUGUGGAGAAGAUCAUGAAGCGAGACGACUGCGAGCUCUUUGUGUUCUUUGGCACCAGCUUCGCGCGUCACCUCUGCAACUGCAGGCAGGAGUGGCUUCACAAGUGUUUGGCCAAGCUGAAAGCACCUGGAGCAAGCACGGAGUUCUACCACUUCCGGAAGCGCGGCCUUAUGCUGAGCCAGAUUGCAAGGUAUGGGAAGGCAGAGCCUGGCUGGCGCGACGUCAUCGCCAUGUCGAACAAGAAGGGAGCUGUGCAGACGUACCUGUGGCACCCGAAGACCCAAUCAGAGUUCCUCGAGAAAGCGUUGUGGUCGACUGAGCCGGAAGAGCUCACUCUCAUCCCACGCUUGGAGUUCGCAGACGGCGUGAGCAAAGUGAGCCAACUAUUGAGCAUCUAUCCGAAGGAUCAGACGACGAAGGACACUGGCUCAGAUGCUUGGGGCUGGGAGGUGAUCCAGGCUGCAGGCGCGUAUAGCGAUCUCCAGACGGAAGUGGAAAGACGCUUCGCAGAGCUGCCGGACCCCAGCUUCUGUGACAAGGUGGACGACCCCGAGGUGGAGACACUGCUCACUGCCUUGGGCAGAUCCGACAAUGCAGCCGCGGCGAUGAAAGUUCUGGGGCCCCAUGCAGGCAAGGUCAAGCAAGCGAAGGAAGCAGUGACAAAGAUGAUCGCGCAGCUGAGCCCGCCACAAGCCCGAGUGCUUAUCCGCCAAGUCAUGUUGCCGAAGAAAGCGGGAGUUGGCCUGCAAGUUGCCGGUCUCAAGAAGAUCGUGGACUUGCGAAUUCCUGAUCCGCUGGAGCUGUACACGUUCGUGUGGAGGAAAGGAGAGUGUCAGCGAGACGUGGCAGGCAACAUCCUGUCGAAGGUGGCCACAUCUGGCGAGUUCCGUCCAGACGAUGUGCGCUUCUAUUUCGACUACUUCGACCGAACGGACAAUCAAGAUGACCAAGCUUAUGUGGCGCAGAUCAUGCUCGAUCAGCUCAUUGAGCAGCCGGAGUGGGUGCUGCCCUACCUGCCCAAGGUGGUGUCAAAGCUUGCCAUGGUACCAGGAGCGACUAACAAGUCGGUACAAGCCUUGAAAUCCUGCACUUCAAACGUCUCCGACGUCGUGGAGGCGCUUACUCACGUGGUGCAGGCUUCUCGCCUGGCGUCCAGAACAGAUCCCAAGGUUAACCGGGAAGGAACCGAUGGGCGAGUGCUCGCGGACCUGAUCUCUUUGAUUUCCUUUGGCCAAUUCACGGAGACGGUGAACUCCGUCGCGCGAAUGUCUCUGGAGGAUUGUGAUCCUGCAACUCUGAAGACGUUCCUGCGGGAGGCCUUCCAGAGGUGGGAGGAUGCCGUGGCCGGCAAUGACAGCAACGCCAAAGGAUACUUCAGCUGCGCUUUAACUGCUUGGGUGAAGCUGCUGCGGCCGGGUCAGUACGACACUUGGGUGACCGAGCUAGCCGAGCUUGAGAAGCGAACCCACGCGAAGGGCAACGUGGAGAGCUGGGGGCAGAUGGCGCAGGCCUUGGCGGGCCAUGCACCUGACAUGGGAUUGUCUCCCGAUGAAUGGGAUCAGAUGCUGCAGGUUCUGCGAGCAUUCUUCGUCAGAUUAAUCGAGGGCCCUCUCAGUGUCAACGACGAGGUCCAGAAGGCAGUAACUCCUGCAGACGACACAUUCAAGAAAGAGAACACGUCGCGUGCCAAAAUCCGCAACGAGCUGCUUGAGACUCACUGGAUGAAGUUGCUGUCACAUGGGUGCACUGAAGAUGAGUCCAACGAGCUUUUCAAGAGAUGCCCGGAAGGCGAGAAAGUGAAGCUGGCGAGCAACCUCGUCCAGGAGUGGCAUCAAAGGCACUCCGAAGAAACCACGCGGGAGACCAAGGCGGCAGCCUUCCAGCAAGAGCGCCCGGAUGGAGGUUGGAAGCACACCGGUGGAAAGCCCGUCUCUCAAAUCACGGUCGGAUCUAUCGUCAGCGGCAACGUCACCAACUCCUCGAAAGAGUUUGGCGUGUACGUCAACUUCGGCUGCGAGAAAGACGGAAGGUUUCUAGGAUCAGCUUUAAGCGAUUGGUGCCGGAUUUGGAAGGCAGCAACGCAGUCACCUGCAGCACGGGCCAUGGUGGAUGACCGAGAUCGCGAGAGGGAAGAGACAGCUUUGCGGCAGGCCUACACCGCUGCCGCGAUUCGCAAGAAUGAGGAGAUCAUUGCGGCCGAGAUCCAAGCUGAAGACGAGAGUCCGGAAGCUUCGAACCAGAGCCCGAAGAUCGCGAAGGACCUUAGGGACCAAGAGGCCCUGCAGGUGACCGUGUGGUCCAUGAGUGGGGCGAAGCUUUGUAGCUUGCGCCUUGCUGCCACUGCUGCUUGCAGUGAUGUCAUGCGGGAAGCGGCCAAGGCCAGUGCCAUCCGGCAGUCGGAGUUGAAGCUCUUCUGCGAAGAUCGGGAGCUGGCUUUGAAGACUCGGCUCUCCGACAUAGCCUCCGACUGCUCCCUGGACCUGAACCUCCUUCGCAUUGAUCCGGAGUGGCAGACCUUCAGCGAGGUCGUCUCUUACGCUGGUUGCCAGCUCGCCGUAGCCCCCGCCAGGCUCCAGGCGGACAAGCAGCUGGUUUUGCGUGCAGUCAGACAGAAUGGCCAUGCCCUUGAGUACGCCUCGGAGUCUUUGAAAGCAGACAAGGAGGUAGUCCUGGCAGCCGUCCAGGACGCUGGGCUCGCCCUGCAAUUUGCCGGCUCACGGAUGCGAGACAAUGCCGAGGUCGUUCAUGCCGCUGUGAUCCAGAAUGGCAAUGCCCUGAACUUUGCCUCCCCAAGACUGCAGGGAGACGCGGAGCUGGCUUUGGCCGCAGUAAUUUCCCCUGGCGCCUUUCAGUUCGCAUCAGAAGCUCUUCGCUGUGAUCGCAAGGUCGUCUUGGCAGCCGUCGACUUGAAUGGCCUUUGUUUGGAGUUCGCUUCAGGGCAACUCAAAGAAGAUCGGGAAGUUGUGCUGAGAGCUGUGCGUCAGGAUGGGCUUGCCCUGGAGUUUGCUUUUGAGGAGCUUCGUGCCGACCGUGAAAUUGUCAUGGAAGCUGUGCAGGUGAACGGCUUGGCUUUGUGGGAUGCGCAUGAGAGCUUGAAAGCCGACAGAGAGAUCUUGGCGAAUUGCCGUUGGGGCUGA